AUGUCCGAUUCCGAAUCGUCCGAUGAUGACUUGGCAGGAGUAUUCGAUUCCUGCUUCGAUACAGUCGAAACCGAAGAAAUCGCCGAUUCCGACAUUGUCAAGCAAAAUCAAGCGUCGCGGAGAAAAGUUCACGAUGCCUACGCUGCCGGUCCAACUCCGGCCGAAAGAGAUGCGAAAAAGAUGGAACUGCUCAAGCUGAAGAACAGGCGGAAAAGACCGAUGAAUGAGCUGAUGGAAGACGAAUCCGACAACAUUUUUUCCUCUCCAGCGAAACGGACGAAAAAUAAUGAAGAGCCAAAGAAUAUUUUCGAAGAAGAAAACGAAGAAGAAGAAACGAAUAUUUUCGAGGAAAAGCCAUCUUCUCUUUCUGCUUCUCUCAAACCGCUCAAGAAAAAGAAUCUUCCAAAGAAUCCGACCAAAGCUCCAGAAUCGUCAAAAACCAACUUUGAUUUUUCGCCAAAGAAGAAAUCGAAGAAAUCUGCUCCGGCAAUGGACAUGGGAGUCAUGCAGAGUACGAAGAAAACUGCUUCAAGUCUUGCGGGGACGAGUAGUGAGACGAAAUUGCAGAAGCUGUCGAUUUCGGAAGGAGAAUCGGCAGUAUGCGGCUUGUCAGGAAUUGUCCUCAGAAACCGAGAAGUAUCCCAUCUUGAAGUAGAAGCGCACAUCGGCCUGGCCAAGUUCACGCAUUGCCACUUUCUAGCGACUGGGGCGGAUGAAAAAGUCGACUUCGCCACGAUCGGCAUCGUCGUCCAAAAAGUGCAGCCACAAACUCUUGACAAGAAAGGAAACCCCUUUACGAUUUUCAGCUUAUCAAAUCUUAGAGACAUUCCGAGAACGAUCAAAAUCAUGGCUUUUGGCGAGAACCACAAAAAAUACUGGAAGACUCAAGUCGGAGCUGUUUGCCUCGUCGUCAAUCCGAAGAAAAUGCCCGCCCGUGGAGAUUCCAAAUACGAACAAGUCCCGACUUUCAUGCUCCAGGGACCCGAUUGCUUCAAAAUCAUGGGCUUCUCCGCAGAUCUGGGCACUUGCACAUCGAAAACAGCACAAGGGCAGCCUUGCCGGCAGUUCGUGAAUCUCAGCGUCUCCCAACUCUGUCCGAAUCAUGUGAUGAAGCAGUGGAAUCGAGCAAGUUCCGCUCGUGGCGAAUUGAGCGCAAAAACUGGCACGCACGGUCUUUCUGGCGCUGGAAGUGCGUGGCAAAAGACCAAAGGCGACUUUUUCUUCUCUGGUGGAAAGACUUUCCAAGCGCUUCCUCCUUCGCAGAAUCCAGCGUGCAACAAGAACUCGAUGCUUGAUUCAUUGGCCAAAAGUCAUGCGAACAAGGGCGUCAGAGAUGGAUUGAAGGAGAUGAAAAAGAAUCCUGGAAUCGUUGUCAUGAACGCUCCAGCUGGAAAAAUGCCGGCUGAAAACACGAAUGUCAUGGUAAAAAGCUCGAUGCACGGAGGACGAAUGCUUGCCGCCGCUUUGGGAAGAUCCCACGAAAAUGAAAGUCUGAUGGCUUCGAAACGAAUGAAAGCUCCAGAUCCAAAAGUGUCCAGCAUUUCCGCAGCGCAGCUUUUGAAGCAGAAGAACGAGGAAUUCGCAGCUAGAAAGAGGGAAGCACUGAAGAGACAAAAAGAGGAAGCGAUUAAAAAAGCGUCGCAGGGUGGAAACGCUCCUACUCUUGGAGGCGGCCUUUCAAAGGGCAUAGGAGAGAAGAAAGAAAAAGUUGAACGGACCUUUAUGGGACAGAAAACUUCCUGCGUCGAUAUCAAAGCUAUACUGGAGAAAAAGUCGAAGUACCAUGCGAGCGUGGAGGAUUUGAUGUCCGCCGAGCAGGAUUUCUACUUUUCCGUGCUGGAGAAGAAGGAGGAAAGACAGACGAAAAUGGAUGGUGUUAUGAAGGCAGAUGCUCAAGUUGUGACUUGCAAAGAUUGCAAAUACACCUACUGGAGUCCUCACGAAAAUUGCAAGAAGCAAAACCACAACCUCGUCUGGAAAGAAGCAACAAAGCGUUGGUUCCAGUGUAAAAACUGCCCAACUCAACGAGCAAUUACAUUUUCAAAAUAUCCCAAAACCAGUUGUUCCUCCUGUGGCCAGGGAACGCGCUGGGUCAGAGUUGCCGCUGGAGAUACGAACAGAGUCGCAGCAAAAGAGCGGGACAGUUUGCUCAUUCGAGGAGAAGAGAGAAAAUGGGUCAAUUCCUGA